AUGGAGUCCGACAAUCCCAAUGGCAAUAAACGCAACUCGAUGCACCAGUCCAUCUAUAGCCGCCCCGUGGAACGGCGUCCUAGUAAGAAAUCCUCCUCGAGAGAUCGCCAUGGCAUGGUCUACCCAGACAGUUUUCGCGAUACAAGCAUACGAACGGUGACACCAGAGUCCCAUCCUUCCAGGCCCGACGCGGAUCACUUGAUCGGCAACAGUGCGAGCGCGCCCUCCCCACGGACCACCAUGCGAUCGCGGACCAUCGAGCGCAACGAGGAAGAACCACCCACGGAAGGGAGGACCCAGCGCACACGAUCGCGCACCACGACGCUGGAGGAACAACGAAACGACAGACCAUCGAAUACCUUCAAGACCCGAGCACGAAUUGGAUCAGUCAACGCAGCCAGCUCGUCCCAGCAGGCCAAGAUGGCGGAGGCCAAGGUCGCCGAGGAAACCGGCAGCUCGAUCGGUUUUCCGUCCAUUCAAUCGCCUGCUUAUGGCAGCCAGGGCGCCUCUCGACAGCGACUCAGUAAAUCGCAGAGCUCUUCCAUGGCUGCCACCGUGGCACAGAGCCAAGCAGCCUUCGCCUCGCCCUUGUCGAAUACCGACGCCGCCAAGAUCCUACAAUUGAUGAAAACAACAUGUGGACGGAUGCAUGGAAUCCUAUCUUUUCGCACUGCAACGAACAACUCCUGGUCAUCGAGUGCCUGGACAUCCGGCUACUGCGCAAUUAAUGUUGCAACCGGCAGUCUUAUAUACCAGGCGAAAGGCGAGCCGGCACUAGCAAAGACGUUGAUUCCCGACCUUCGAGGAUGUCGCAUUCGAACACUCUUCGAUCCCAACUUACAGACGACUUGCCUGAAUGUGCACACCUCUACUGCCGGGCUUGGCAUUCAACUACGACCCCAUGUCAGUGAGACUUUCGACUCCUGGCUCGCAGCUUUACUCUGCUGGCAACCUAUUCGACCGAAGGGCGUGCAGAAUAAGAUGACGAAACCUCAGGCUGUCGUCAUUGGAGACCGACGCAUUCCCGAACGUCGGCGAAACUCUGAGAGUGCGGCACAAAAAGAUGCGGCUAUUAUCAAAGUCGGAAAGAUGCUUCUUUGGGACAAGCCUUCUGCAUCAGGGGCUCGCCCGGCGACUGGUCGUCGUGUGUCAACAUAUCGACAAUCGCGCGCCUUGUCAUCCUCUUGGCAGCGAGUGAGCUGUACGUUACAAGAGAAUGGCUAUUUUAAGCUCUAUACCGAGUCCGACGUCACCCUUGUUGCAUGUGUGCAGCUAUCUCAACUAUCCCGCUGUUCAAUUCAGCAGUUGGAUUCCUCGGUCUUGGACGAUGAGUUUUGCAUUGCUAUCUUCCCACAGUACACUGCACACCCUGUUCCUGAUUCUGGGAUGCGCCCUAUAUAUCUUGCCCUGGAAAGCCGUGUUCUCUUUGAAGUAUGGUUUGUCCUUCUACGUGCAUUCACCAUUCCAGAGCUCUAUGGGCCCGAAGUCGACGCUCGCGAACCUGAGGAUCCGAACAAGACACCGGAAGCCGAGUCUCCCGACCAUGCCCUUCAGGACAUGUUCCGAAUUGAAAGGAUUCUCAAUUUGAGAGUGACAGAAGCGAAGCUUUUUCGUCCCAAGGAAGAAGAAACCCAACGCAGUCGCAAACCGUCCAGAUCUCACGGCUUUUCCGCUCCCUCCCCACCCAAAGCCAGUGAUUACUAUACCGAAGUCCUCUUGGAUGGUGAAAUUCGCGCCAAGACUGCGGUCAAAUACCGCACUACAAACCCGUUCUGGCGCGAAGACUUUAUCUUUAAUGACCUGCCCCCGGUCCUAUCCCAGGCCUCUAUUCUAGUCAAGACGCUAAACCCCACACAGAGGGAUUGGACACUCAUUGCACAUGGGACCUACUCAUCCAGCCAGGAAGGGAACGCGGUGAACAUGCUGGAUGAAAUUGAAAUCUCUACCAACGACGCGAUUUUCGGAAGGGUAGACCUCCGGCUCGAAGAACUGGAGCCCGGAGUAGAUACAGAGAAAUGGUGGCCGGUUUUGGACGAUAACGACCAAGCGGUUGGAGAGAUGUUCAUGAGAGCUCGUAUGGAGGAAACUGUCGUCUUGAUGUCCGAAGAAUAUGCACCCAUGCACGACCUUCUGCAUUCAUUCACCAAUGGCCUAACGAUCAACAUGGCUCAAGUGAUGUCGUCUGAGUUAACCCAGCUGUCCGAAAUGCUGUUGAACAUCUACCAGGUCUCGGGAGCUACGGUAGAUUGGAUUUCUGCAUUGGUUGAAGAUGAAAUCGACGGCGUGCACAAGGAGUCGACAGCAAAUCGUCUGCGCUACACAACCCGAAUUCAUUCCAAUGAUUCUCGUGACUCCGGGCAAGAUCGCGAAAUUCUUGUUAGAGACAUGGGGAGAACUGCCACUGUUGAAGCCAAUUUGCUCUUCCGUGGAAACUCUUUGCUCACCAAAGCCCUUGACCUUCACAUGCGUCGACUUGGCAAGGAGUAUCUCGAAGAGACAAUUGGGGAGCGCUUACGGGAUAUCGAUGAGAAUGAUCCAGAGUGUGAGGUCGAUCCGGCUCGUGUACCUCGCACCGAAGAUCUCGAACGAAACUGGCGCAACUUGAUUACGCUUACAACUGGGGUUUGGAAGGCUAUCGCAAUGUCCUCUGCAAGGUGCCCUCCGGAAUUGAGGCGCAUCUUUCGACACGUCCGGGCUUGCGCCGAAGAUCGCUAUGGUGACUUCUUGCGCUCUGUGACUUAUAGCAGUGUCUCUGGUUUCCUGUUCCUGCGGUUCUUUUGUCCGGCCAUUCUGAAUCCCAAACUGUUCGGGCUCUUGAAAGAUCAUCCUCGUCCUCGUGCCCAACGCACUCUGACUCUCAUUGCCAAGGCUCUCCAAGGAUUGGCUAACAUGACCACAUUUGGUAACAAGGAGCCGUGGAUGGAGCCCAUGAACAAGUUUUUGGUCGGCAAUCGUGCCGAUUUCAAACAGUUCGUCGACCAGAUCUGUAACAUCUCUGCAGAGCGCCCAGCUGCUAUCAUCACACCUUCGUAUACCACCCCUCUCCAAAUCCUUGGGCGUUUACCCGCUACUUCUCGUGAAGGUUUUCCGAGCCUUCCAUUCCUGAUCGAUAUUGCACGUUGCUUCGCAAACUUGAUUCGUGUCUGGCUGGAAGUGGUUCCUGAUCGGCUAUCGGAAUUGGAGGAUGUGGAUCCGUUCCUGUCCAAGUUCCACCAGCUGGCCCGUCAAAUUCAGCAACGAACCGAGGAAUGCUUAGACGAGGCCGAGCAAGCAGAGCGACCAAGUGGUAACCUCGAAAUUAAAUGGGAGGAGCUGGUAGACUCGAUGGAGCGAGCCGUGACUUUUUACGACGAAAACUCAAGUAAGCCCACCACACCAGCUCCGGAUGGAACAUUCGCAAGCAAUGUCUCUGUCGCAGCCAGUCCCGGUCACCGCGGUUCUGUUGGUUUCUUCACAACCCGGCCUGCUAUGCCUCGCCGGUCGACUGAUUGUGCUCCCGACGAGGAUGAUACUCCACCCAGUUCGUCAUCGGCGACCUGGGACCAAAGCCGUAUGCCAUUCUCGAUUCCCCGGUGGUCUGAUGCUCGUGAUAGCACCGGUAGCUCCAAAAACUCAUCUACUUACUCUCUUGAGUACUCAGAAAAUGCCAAGGCCCGUCGAUCUAGCAUCACCAAGGAGUCUUCCGGCAAAUAUCGUUUCUUCGACUUUGUCCCCGCGCCCUCUCGCCGCAAGAACAAGGAACGAGAUCAGUCUCAGCAUCACUCACAUGAGGACCUGAGGAAUGAAUUCUGA